AUGAACAAUACCAUAGACGCUACAGAUUCGUUGGACAGGCAGCAUGAUAGCAACCCAGCAUUAUUGGCAGGGCUCUUGCUGCCUCACAUCGUCUGCACCUUUUUCGUCGCCGCAAGGGCAUGGUCUAGGUUGGGAAUCCUGCGCAAGUGGUUCAUCGACGACACGUUGAUAGUCCUUGCUUGGGUCAUCUCUACGGGGGUAUGUGUCGUCUAUACACUGGCAGCCGAGACGCAUAACAUUCAAAACGCAGCGGCCAAGACAAGAAAUGUCGAUGCGGACGGGAUCCACCAGGUCGCCGGUAGCGGCCGCGAUGGUAUAACACGACAAUACCUGUUUCGAACGUACCUCGGCCUCAUCUUCUACCAAGUCUGCCUCUGCCUGACCAAGUUCUCCAUCCUGAGCUUCUACCUGCGCAUGUUCGGCACCUGGCGGCCCCUGGAACGCCGACUCGCCUGGGCGACGGUGACGUUUGUGGUGGCUUUCGGGAUCCCGCUGCUCUUCGCCAGCAUCUUCCUGUGCCACCCGGCCACCGGCACGUCCUUCCUGGUCGGCAGCCCCGAGACGGACAAGUGCUUCCCCUUCACGCCGCUCCUUAUCGCCAGCGCGAGCCUGCACACGACCACCGACGCCUGGCUCAUCGCGCUCGUCGUCCCCUGCGUCUGGCGGCUCGACAUUGCGCCACGCCAGAAGGCGGCUCUUGGCAUCGUCCUGUCCCUUGGCGUCUUUGUCAUCGCCGCCAGCCUCACCAGGUUGCAGCUCUCGCUACAAUCGAACUACAUGCCGGUGGGCGGUGCGGGCAACACCCUCGGCUUCUUCGUCAUGACCAUACUCGAGUGCGACGUGGCGCUGAUCUGCGCGUCGGCGCCCACGCUGAGGCCCCUGCUCGCCAGGCUGUGGCCCAGGUCCGGCAUGGGAGACCCUUUGGUGUUUAGGAGGCGGUCGAGGCGCCGCAACUGUCGCUACCUACAACGUCGGCGGAGGGUGCUCGAGAACAGCGUCAACCUCACGAGCGUCGUCAGCUUCCAUGGGUACCCGUGGGUCGCCAAGACGGUCAAUACGGAGCCGGAGAUCAGGAGCCCGAGCCCGAGCCCACGCCCAGACGAGAGCGGGCCCAGGAGCGGGACAAAGAGACCCCUCGCGCUGGGAGAUCUGUACCCCCCGCGCAGGCCGCCGCCCGACAUGCCGGUGCCGCCGGUGCCGGCGCUGACCACCGUGCAUCGGACGCCGACCACGCUGAGCCUCAAGAGCCUCGUGAAUGUGGUGUCGUCUCGCGGCCGGGCCGUCACCGUGACGGAUGCAGAAGACGGGGCGGUACUGCUGCUGGGGGACGACGGGCCCAGGCCGUGCCGGGCGCAGGCCUGGUCGCAGAGCCAGGAGAGCUUCGUCAUGGGGGUCAACGACCCGGCUAGUCCGCACCGGACGAGCUUCGGUUUCGGUGGCCAUGGCGGAGAGACGGUCGCAGGCUCGGUGGUAGAUGUUGUUGGAGGCAGCAGGCCUGUCGCUAGGGAGGGUGGCAAUUACCAUGACAAAAAUGGAGAUUUCGGCCUGCAUAUGAGGAGGCAUUCGGCCUCGGCGGCCCAUCAGCCCGGUAGAAGAGUAGGCCGCAGAGGUGUCGGAGAGGCAGGUACUUGGCAUGGCUGA